AUGGACGCCGCUCAGCUCUUUCGUCGGGAACCUGCCAACCCGAACUGCGUCAAGGGGUGCCUAGAACCUCCCGAUGACCUGGAGCCUAAUCCAGACGUCGGAGGUGUUGGGGUAGUGAUUGGAUUUCUGGGGACUGCAUGGCUUGUGGUGAUCCUGGCAACGUUUCGGUACUGCCUUGUCUUUGACCCUGCCACCGAUCCGCUUGAAAAUCCAGACCGAGGCCUACGAUACGGCAAAAAGCAUAUUUGGAAAUCAAAUGUUAUUGAUGUGAAAACGAUUGCCAUGUUUGCAGGUCUUAGGAAAAGGCUUGGUCACGACUCGCGUUCACGCUGGACAAUGGCUUUCAACAAGAUACUUCUCAGCAUGUGCGACAUACAGCUUCUAACCGGCCUGGGGAUUCUCCUCAGCGGUUUCAUCAGUCUCUCAUGUUAUAUGUCGGCGUACCACUGGGAACUGAUCAGCUACUUGGCCUGGUUUUCGAAUCUAACACACGCGGCUUGCCUGUCAGCUCUUCGGGCUCAUCUGUAUCGUAACCAAACGGAGCGCAACUACAGAAUGGUAUUGAUGGCCGUACUUCUAGCCGCAUUGAUCACGGCCAUGGUACCUACGAGUUAUUUCAACUGGGACGCUCCCUGGGAAAGUACAGCAAGCGUGCCAUCUUCGAAUGCCAGGUGCUUUUUCAGCCACAACACCGCGCAAGCCGUGUGGAAUUCUCGUAUAUGCAAAGAUGAACGAUACUCAGGUAUACCUGCAGAUGGCUACCGAUGUAUUCAUCCUAGGGGAGUCGAACCCAUCACUGCAACCAACUCGUACGAGUCGUCUAUGAUAUCAAUUGGCCUAUUGAUUUUGAACUUUGUCAGCCGAUCUAUUAAGAUGUUCCGCACACUAUCGGAGAUCACGAAGGACACGAUCAGAGGAAGGGUAGCCCGUUGGUUAGCGCACUGUCUCACUGCCACUGCAAAGGCUCACCGACGCUUUGGAAAUACGCCGCCCAAAAGAAGACUGCUGGCAAUCUUAAGGCCCUUAGACUUGAUGACUUCCUCUUACUUGGUGACGAAGCUAUAUUUGGAGAUAAUGUUGUCCGAGUUAGCUGACGUGAGUGGCGCUCAUGUUUCCCACUCAUGUAUAUCGCCUAACAUGUAA